AGGAGUUUCCUGGUGUUUGCUGAUUAUUGAGGCCUACAACGGCACCCACCUCCAACAGAAUUUAGAAUAGGGAGAGAGGAAGAGAGAGGGAGAAACGUUGAUGUGAGAGAGAAGCAUUCAUUGGUUGCUUCCUGCACGCACCCAGACUAGGAAUUGUACAUGCUCAGACUGGGGAUCGAACUUGCAGCCUAGGACCUGACAAUGUCUCUGUACUGUGGGACUGCUUGCAGGCGAAAAUCUUUUUGGUGCUACAGGCUGCUGUCAACGUACGUCACCAAGACCCGGUAUUUAUUUGAACUGAAGGAAGAUGAUGAUGCAUGUAAAAAAGCCCAGCAGACAGGAGCAUUUUACCUCUUUCAUAACCUGGCUCCUUUGCUUCAGAAAUCAGAACAUCAAUACCUGCUGCCCCAGUAUAGCCUAGUAGAGUUGGAAAAGCUCCUGGGAAAGCUCGGACAGGAUACACAAAGAAUAGAAGAUUCUGUCCUAAUUGGAUGCUCCGAACAGCAUGAAGCAUGGUUUGCUCUGGACCUAGGUCUAACUAACUCCUCUUCCAUGAGUGCUUCCCUACAGAAACCAGAAAUGGAGGCAGAGCUCAGGGGCUCUUUCAUUGAGUUGAGGAAGGCUCUCUUUCGGCUGAAUGUGAAGGAUGCCUCCUUGCUGUCCACGGCUCAGGCCCUCCUCCGCUGGCAUGAUGCUCAUCAGUUCUGCAGCAGAAGUGGGCAGCCCACCAAGAAGAAUGUGGCUGGCAGCAAGCGUGUGUGCCCUUCUAAUAAGAUCAUCUAUUAUCCACAGAUGGCUCCUGUGGUGAUCACUCUGGUGUCAGAUGGGACUCGAUGCCUUCUUGCCCGCCAGAGUUCCUUCCCCAAGGGAAUGUACUCUGCCUUGGCAGGUUUUUGUGAUAUAGGUGAAACUCUGGAAGAGGCUGUCCGCCGAGAAGUUGCAGAAGAGGUGGGCUUGGAGGUGGAAAGACUGCACUACUCCGCAUCCCAGCACUGGCCCUUUCCUAACAGCUCACUCAUGAUUGCUUGUCAUGCAGCUGUGAGUCCUGGACAGACAGAGAUCCAGGUGAACUUGAGAGAACUAGAAGCAGCUGCCUGGUUCAGUCAUGAUGAGGUGGUCAUGGCCUUGAAGAGAAAUGACCCAUAUACUAAACAACAGAAUGGGACUUUCCCAUUCUGGCUGCCCCCGAAGUUAGCCAUUGCCCACCAACUGAUUAAGGAGUGGGUGGAAAAACCAACCUGUCCUUCUCUGCCUGCUUAGCUCAGACUAGGCCACCUAGAUCCCUCCUCAGUAUCUCAGAGGGGCAUAUCAAGUGUCAGUUGAAAAGGAGAGGUGACAAAAUGCCGUAUCUAGCCAAACUCAUGUUAAGGCAGAGAAUAAGGUGAGCCAACAGCGAGACACCUCUCCCAGCAGUGUGAAUGAAAGCCGUCCCUACUUACAGAAAAUCAGAGGUGCCAGAGCAAGAAGAGAGACUACUGGGAUGACGACCGUCAAAGCCAGGGGGAAGGCCGAGGCUUCAGUUUAGAUGUAGGCCCUUGUUCACCCAUCUUCUCCGAAAUCUCAGGUGCAAACAACUGUUGGCGUGUGGCUUGUUAAUGCUGGGUUUAUAACUGCCAAAAUGUGCCUGGUAUAAUUUUGGUUAAAACUUUUAUCUUACUAUUUAAAAUAUAUAGCAAAUCUCAA